AGUCCUUGCGCUCUUGGAGAUCUGGCCUGGACAGCACUAUUCGAGAAGGGAGAAAGGAACAAUUCCUACAUUCCUGCCAAAGCCUCAGCUUUGGGGAAACAGUCAUCAGAAGUUUGGUUCCCAGCCUAGUGCUGCUUGGGUAUCAGCUGACAGCCACUCCCAAGACGGGCUUCAGGGACCUGCCCCAGGUCCAGACUACCUAAUCCCUCCACUCCGAGCAAAGGCCAUAUGGUACAGGAUCCCAGUGGGCCCUGACCCAGGGCUGUGAUUGGCCUGAGCUGGACAAUGCCACUGUGAGGUCGGCCCACUCCUGCUGUAAAAUGGAGGCUCCUGAGCCCUGGGGGUCAGUGGAGCUGCCAUCCGGACACAGAUCAUGAGUGGUGGCUAUGAUCUCAACCUCUUCGCCAGCCCUCCCGACUGCAACUUCCUGUGCUCUGUGUGCCAUGGGGUUCUCAAGAGGCCGGUGAGGUUGCCAUGCAGCCAUAUCUUCUGCAAGAAAUGCAUCCUCCGGUGGCUAACCAGACAGAAGACCUGUCCGUGCUGCAGGAAAGAGGUGAAAUGGAAAAAGAUGGUCCACGUAAAUAAACUCCGCAGGACGAUUGGCCGCCUGGAAGUCAAGUGCAAGAAUGCGGAAGCAGGCUGCUUGGUGACUUGCCCCCUGGCCCAUCGAAGGGGGCACCAGGACUCAUGCCCUUUCGAGCUGAUGGCCUGCCCCAACGAGGGCUGCACGGCACGGGUGCCACGUGGGGCUCUGGCUGAGCACCGGCAGCACUGCCAACGUGGGGCCCAGCAGCAGUGCCCACUGGGCUGUGGGGCCACCCUGGGCCCCGCGGAGCGUGCACACCACAACUGCUACCGGGAUCUGCGCGAUGCCUGGAACCAGCGUCAGGAGCGCAGCCGGAUCCUGGUGCUGGGCCUGCUGCGGCGCAUGCGCAAAGUGCACCGCACCACCACUCUCAUCCGCAGGCAGCUGGCCCAGCUCGGGGACUUCCUGGAGGAGGACGACGCGCUGCUCAUGGGAGCCCCGCAAGGGGAGGCCGAGGCCAACCCAGAAGGCAGCAUUGGGGCCGAGGUUGGGGGCCCCAGGGCCACGGUACCGUGUAAAUUGAGGGGAAAAUAAACGCAGAUCCCAGGCCUGCCCCGCCCCGCUGCCUCUGUGCCUGCCGGCCUCACAGCUUUAUCCCAUUUGCCACCCGCCCCACUUCCAGGUACUACUGCCUUCACCACGCGGGGACACUGGCCUUUCUCCCUGGGCCGCUCCUGCCCGGAAGGCUCUUCUCCUUGCUUUCCGUUUGCCUGCUUUCUUUUCCCUCGGAUGUCUCUUC